UGCCUGUAUCAGGUCCUGGCGUUCGUGCCACCGAGCGACGGGAGCCUGGGAAAGCCGGGCACGGCGGCGGGGGGGUUGGAUACCACGCACCCUUUGCUUUUGGGUUUGUCAAGUUCCGUUUCCUUUAUCCUUUGCAGGAUUCAGUAUCAUUUUGGAGAGUUUGGCAAUUACUCCCUUGUGGUAAAGACCCUAAGUACAAGCACCAAAACUGUUUCAUGUGACCUAGCCAUCAAUGAAGGCCCUGUCAACAGCUACCUCCCUAUUCUCUUUGCUUUCCUGGUUUACAUGGGGACCCUCACUAUCCUGAUUGUCGGGCGCCUUUUGAUGAAAAUUCAUGCAGUUAGAAACUGGGUUUACAAGAAACUGAACCCCAGAGAAACCGAUCGUCUGAUUAAUUCUGAGCUCGGGUCCCCGAACACAGCAGACUCCGUUAGCAGUGAUGUCACCCCGUGUUUGUGGAGCACAGCUUCUCGGCAGCGGCUGCGUUCCCUGGACACAUUCCGAGGGCUCUCUCUUAUAAUUAUGGUGUUUGUUAACUACGGAGGAGGAAAAUACUGGUUCUUCAAACAUGAGAGUUGGAAUGGAUUAACAGUGGCAGAUCUGGUGUUUCCAUGGUUUGUGUUCAUCAUGGGGACGUCGAUAUCAUUGUCACUGAGCUCCAUGCUGAGGUGGGGAAGUUCCAAGCAGAAGGUGCUUGGGAAAAUCCUCUGGAGGAGUUUUCUGCUAAUCCUGCUGGGAAUCAUAGUUGUGAAUCCCAAUUAUUGCCUUGGACCAUUGUCAUGGGAUAAUCUGCGUAUUCCUGGAGUGCUCCAGAGACUGGGAUUCACAUACCUGGUGGUUGCUGCUCUUGAAGUCCCGUUUACAAGAACUGGUGCCGAAAGUGGGACCUUGGAGACACUGUGUCCUGCUCUGCAGGAUAUUCUCCCCUACUGGCCACAGUGGAUUUUCAUUCUGAUGUUAGAAGUGAUUUGGCUCUGCCUGACCUUUUUGUUACCAGUGCCAGGUUGUCCCAGGGGCUAUCUGGGACCUGGGGGCAUUGGAGACUUUGGGAACUAUCCCAACUGCACUGGAGGAGCGGCUGGUUACAUCGAUCGAUUGCUUCUUGGAGAAAAGCAUAUAUAUCAGCAUCCCUCUUCAAGUGUGAUUUACCAGACAACAAUGCCAUAUGAUCCUGAAGGGAUCCUGGGGACCAUAAAUACCAUCUUUACGGCAUUUCUGGGACUGCAGGCAGGAAAAAUUAUCUUAUGCUACAAAGACCAGCACAAACAAAUUAUGAGCCGGUUUGCUGUAUGGAGCAUUGUAAUGGGAAUUAUUUCUGCUAUCUUAACAAAAUGUUCUAAAGAAGAUGGAUUCAUUCCCAUAAACAAGAACUUAUGGUCGAUAUCGUAUGUGACAACCACAAGCUGCUUUGCCUUCAUCCUCUUAUUGCUGAUGUAUUACCUUGUGGAUGUCAAGAGACUGUGGUCAGGUGCUCCAUUUUUCUACCCAGGAAUGAACUCAAUCCUGGUCUACAUUGGACACGAAGUGUUUGAAAACUAUUUCCCUUUUAAGUGGAAGAUGCAGGACAGUCAAUCCCACGCAGAGCAUCUGACUCAGAACCUCACUGCAACAACACUUUGGGUCAUAAUAGCGUAUGUACUUUACAGGAGAAGGAUAUUCUGGAAAAUCUGA